AAUGGAGUCGCAAAUUAAGCGUGCUGUAGUUGUGAAGGUGAUUGGCAGGACAGGUUCCCGUGGGCAAGUUACUCAGGUGAGGGUGAAAUUUAUCGAUGAUCAGAACCGUUUCAUAAUGAGGAAUGUCAAAGGCCCUGUUAGGGAAGGAGAUAUCCUCACCUUGCUAGAGUCUGAACGAGAGGCUAGGAGGCUCAGAUAGAUAUGUUCAUUAUGUCUCGUAUUAUCAUCAUUAUGUUUGAUGAUGCACUUCUUUUUGAGAUAUUAAUUUCAAUACCAAGUAUUUUGAUGUAAGCUUGAUUUGGAUUAGCGGGGAUGUAUCACAAGACUUCAAUUUUGUUUGUUUCUGAAUUGAGACUCGGUCAUGU